AUGUCGACUCUCGAGGAGCUCGAUGAUCUCGACCGCCGAGACAAGGAGGAGAAGAAGAGAGAUGGCGACGACAAGAAAGAGAAGAAGCCCACUGAUAGCGACGCCGACAUGCAAGAUGCAGAGGAGGAGGAGGACGAUAUCCUUGACGAUGAGAUCCUGGGGCUGAGCACACAAGACAUUCAAACCCGCAAACGCUUGCUAGAGAACGAUUCUCGCAUCAUGAAGAGCGAGUUCUCGCGGUUAUCACACGAGAAGGCCGCCAUGGGCGAGAAGAUCAAAGAGAACCAGGACAAGAUUGCCAACAACAGACAACUCCCGUACCUCGUCGGCAACGUUGUUGAGCUGCUUGACCUGGACCCUACGGCCGAAUCAUUAGAAGAGGGUGCCAACAUUGACCUGGAUGCCACCCGAGUUGGAAAAUCAGCCGUGAUCAAGACCUCCACACGACAAACAAUCUUUCUCCCUUUGAUUGGCCUGGUCGAUGCCGAUAACUUGAAGCCUGGCGACCUUAUUGGUGUCAACAAGGAUUCGUACCUUAUUCUCGAUACGCUCCCGGCCGAGUACGACAGCCGCGUCAAGGCUAUGGAGGUGGAUGAGAAGCCCACAGAACAGUACACUGAUGUUGGUGGACUGGAUAAGCAGAUUGAAGAGUUGGUAGAAGCAAUCGUAUGGCCCAUGAAGGAGGCUGAGCGUUUCAAGAAGAUUGGCAUCAAGGCCCCAAAAGGUGCACUGAUGUAUGGCCCCCCAGGUACAGGCAAGACUUUACUAGCACGAGCCUGUGCAGCACAGACGGACGCUACGUUCUUGAAGCUGGCAGGUCCUCAACUGGUCCAGAUGUUCAUUGGUGAUGGCGCCAAGCUCGUACGGGACUGCUUUGCCCUGGCUAAAGAAAAGGCUCCAGCGAUUAUUUUCAUUGACGAGUUGGAUGCGGUUGGUACCAAACGCUUCGACAGCGAAAAGAGCGGCGACCGUGAAGUACAGCGAACCAUGUUGGAGUUGCUGAACCAGCUUGACGGCUUCGCCUCUGACGACCGAAUCAAGGUGUUGGCUGCAACAAACCGAGUCGAUGUUCUUGAUCCUGCGCUUCUCCGAUCUGGCCGACUCGAUCGCAAAAUUGAAUUCCCCCUGCCAAACGAGGAGGCCCGCGCUCAGAUCUUGAAGAUUCAUUCCCGCAAGAUGAAGGUUGACCCCGGUGUCAAUUGGGGUGAGUUGGCCCGAAGCACGGAUGAGUUUGGAGGUGCUAUGUUGAAGGCUGUUUGUGUGGAGGCUGGCAUGAUUGCUUUACGAUCAGGCAAGAACAAGAUUGGCCACGAGCAUUAUGUUGAUGCCAUUGCUGAGGUGCAGGCCAAGAAGAAGGAUACCGUCAACUUCUACGCUUAA